AUGGCCUACGCACAUCCUUGCUUGUCUAGCAAUCUAGUCUCUAUUCUUAUUCCCCUGGAUUUAGUGAUUGACAUGAUUUGGUUUCGGCCUGAAUCAGAUGCACUUUCCCUGGAGGAGGUCGUAGAGAGCUUGGUGCCACCCCCUGUGUCGACAGCACUGACGGGAGGCGAUAUGGUGGCGGAGCAGGAGGCGGUGGAGCAGGAAUGGGCGGUGGACAGUGUCGAAGCUCAGAUCUUGGCGGCCAGGGUAGCGGCGGCCAUGGAUAGGAGAGAGAUCUCACCCCCGACGUCAAAUUUGUCAACUGGGAAGAUGAAUCCCCGUGCUCCUGAAUGGAAUAAGAGGCUGAAGAUAGUGCUGCUGCACCGAGCAGAACACCGUGCCCAAACCAUGAGCAAAGCCAAGUGCUACAAAACAUGUGCAAAUGCGCUUACGGGCCUCAAAUAUCUUGUCAGCAAAUUAAACAUCUCAAGCUGGAUGUGCUCGCGUGCAGUUGUAAGGUUCGAGAGGCAACGAGCCUUUAUUUCCUUCGGUAGCACUGUCAUCUCAUCGCUCGCCUGGUACAUGAAAUGGGAGUUUGCAUUGAUACAGGGAGUAUGA